AUGGGGAUUUCUUUUGUAGGUGAUGUUUUAUUUUACUGUGUUUUUGGCUGUUCGGUGUUUACGCAGGUUGGAAAUGAUAGAUACAGACUGGCGUCGGCGUCCGAGAGCGAUGACGGCAAGAGGAAAGGGAAGAGGGAUAAAAAAGACCUGGACGAACUGAAGAAAGAAGUCGAUCUGGAUGAUCAUAAGCUAAGCUUGGAAGAGCUUCAACGUAAAUACGGCACUGAUCUUAACAAGGGUCUGUCUACGUACCGCGCCAAAGAGAUCUUCGAACGCGACGGGCCGAACGCCCUGACCCCGCCGCCGACCACCCCAGAAUGGGUCAAGUUCUGCAAACAGCUCUUCGGUGGAUUCUGUACGCUGCUGUGGAUUGGCGCCUUCCUCUGUUUCCUGGCGUACACCAUACAGGUCACGACCGAGAGCGAGCCUGUUAAGGAUAACCUGUACCUGGGGAUCGUUCUUGCUGCCGUGGUGAUGGUUACCGGAUGCUUCUCGUACUAUCAAGAAGCUAAAAGCUCAAAGAUCAUGGAGUCCUUCAAGAAACUUGUUCCACAGCAAGCAUUGGUUAUUCGCGACGGUGAGAAGAAAAGCAUCAAUGCCGAAGAUGUAGUCGUUGGCGACCUCUUAGAAAUCAAAGGCGGCGACAGAAUCCCUGCUGAUCUCCGUGUUGUUUCGGCGCAAGGAUGCAAGGUCGACAACUCCUCCCUCACUGGAGAAUCCGAACCACAAAGCCGUACGGCCCAGUUCACCAAUGAGAACCCUCUCGAGACAAAGAACAUCGCGUUCCUUUCUACGAACUGCGUCGAAGGUUCCGCAAUGGGUAUCGUGAUCAACACGGGCGACCGCACGGUGAUGGGUCGGAUCGCUACCCUGGCUUCCAGCCUCGAGGUCGGACAGACGCCCAUCGCCAUCGAGAUCGAGCACUUCAUCCACAUCAUCACCGGCGUGGCGUUCUUCCUGAGCGGGACGUUCUCCAUCCUGUCCAUGGUUCUCGGAUACGGCUGGUUGGAAGCCGUCAUCUUUCUCAUCGGGCUUAUCGUCGCCAACGUGCCCGAAGGUUUACUCGCCACAGUCACUGUGUGUCUAACUCUAACCGCCAAGCGUAUGGCCAAGAAGAACUGCCUGGUGAAGAACCUGGAAGCCGUAGAGACCCUCGGCUCAACCUCCACCAUCUGCUCGGACAAGACCGGAACCCUGACCCAGAACCGUAUGACCGUGGCUCACAUGUGGUUCGACAACGAGAUCCACGACGCCGACACCUCUGAGAACCAGACCGGCACCUCGUUCGACAAAAGCUCCGUCACUUGGUCCACCCUCGCCCGUGUCGCCGGGCUGUGCAACCGAGCCGUCUUCCUCGCCGACCAAGCCAACGUCCCUGUUCUUAAGAGGGACACGACUGGCGACGCUUCGGAAUCCGCUCUGUUAAAGUGCAUCGAGCUGUGCUGCGGCUCGGUCAAGGAUAUGCGAGACAAAUACACCAAGAUCGCCGAGAUCCCGUUCAACUCCACCAAUAAAUAUCAGCUCUCGGUCCACAAGAACCCCAACUCAGGAGAGACCAAGAACUUGCUGGUGAUGAAGGGAGCCCCGGAAAGAAUCCUGGACAGAUGCUCGACCAUUAUGAUUCAAGGAAAGGAGCAACCGCUGGACGACGAGAUGAAGGACGCUUUUCAUAAGGUGUAUUUGAAGCUAGGCGGUCUUGGAGAGAGAGUCCUAGGUUUCUGCCAGUUCAAUCUUCCGGACGACCAGUUUCCCGAAGGCUUUGCGUUCGAUGUCGAGGAUCCGAACUUUCCCACCGAGAACCUGUGCUUUGUCGGGCUCAUGUCUAUGAUCGAUCCUCCUCGUGCCGCCGUUCCAGAUGCAGUUGCCAAGUGUAGAAGCGCUGGAAUUAAGGUUAUCAUGGUUACUGGCGAUCAUCCGAUCACUGCCAAGGCUAUUGCUAGAGGUGUGGGGAUCAUCUCAGAAAGCAGCGAGACCGUAGAAGACAUCGCUGACCGUCUGAACAUCCCGCUGGAGCAGGUCAACCCCAGAGAUGCGAAGGCCUGCGUGGUGCACGGAGGGGAACUGAAAACCAUGAGCUCCCAGAAGCUGGAUGAAGUCUUGAGAUACCACAACGAGAUCGUGUUCGCGAGGACGUCCCCACAGCAAAAGCUCAUCAUCGUCGAAGGUUGCCAGCGUCAGGGAGCCAUCGUGGCCGUGACGGGCGACGGCGUGAACGACUCUCCCGCCCUGAAAAAGGCAGACAUCGGUGUAGCCAUGGGUAUCGCAGGGUCCGACGUCUCCAAACAGGCUGCCGACAUGAUCCUCCUGGACGACAACUUCGCAUCUAUCGUGACCGGAGUGGAAGAAGGACGUCUGAUCUUCGACAACUUGAAGAAAUCCAUUGCGUACACGUUGACCAGUAAAAUCCCCGAGAUGUCGCCCUUCCUCUUCUUCGUGAUCGCAGGCAUCCCCCUCGCUCUGGGCACCGUGACUAUCCUGUGCAUCGAUCUUGGAACUGACAUGGUACCUGCUAUUUCUUUGGCGUACGAGGGUCCUGAGAGCGAUAUCAUGAAGAGGCAUCCGCGAGACGCACAAAAAGACAAGCUGGUCAACGAGAGGCUGAUCAGUAUGGCUUACGGUCAAAUCGGGAUGAUGCAAGCCGUCGGCGGGUUCUUCACCUACUUCGUGAUCCUGGCCGAGAACGGAUUCCUGCCCCUGUUUCUGCUCGGGCUGCGCGUCAACUGGGACGACCCCCAAAACAACGACAUGGAGGACAGCUACGGCCAGCAGUGGACCUACGAGCGCAGGAAGAUCUUGGAGUACACCUGCCACACCGCCUUCUUCGUCAGCAUCGUGAUCGUGCAGUGGACCGACCUGAUCAUCUGCAAGACCAGGACCAACUCGCUCAUCCAGCAAGGAAUGAAAAACAAAGUUCUCAACUUUGGUCUUCUGGAAGAAACGGCGCUGGCUGCCUUUUUCUCAUACUGCCCGGGCAUGGAUGUUGCUGUUAGAAUGUACCCACUGAAGCCGUGGUGGUGGUUGUGCCCCGUGCCGUACUCCCUCCUCAUCUUCGUCUACGACGAGGUCAGAAAAUACUACCUCCGAAAGUACCCAGGAUGUUGGCUGGAAAAAGAGACGUACUAUUAAACCGUGCAACACCUACACCUACGUGGCCGUGUCAUAUGUGUGCAAUGUUUAAAAUACUACAUUUAUGAUGCAAUAAAUUAUAAUUCA